UACGAAUUUAUGCAGUAAUUUGUCCUCCAAUACAUAUUGACUUAAUUUAUAAGGUUACGAUGGGCACCUAAAUUGAUACUAUUCCACCACAUGAUAUCAUUAAUGCAUUCAGUUCUAGUAUCUUUAGCAUAUUGGUCUUUUUCCACCGACUAAAGAUUCCCCAAACUUAUUGAAACGCUUUAAUAAAAACACGGAGAUAGUUUGGAUCAUUUCAUGAGCUAAGUUGGUUGGAAAUCAUGAUAUUGGUUUGGAAAAUGCUUUUGGGCUUUGCUAGCUUUCUACUUGCAUGUUUCCUGCUAAUCCUGGUUAGGUUCCUCAAAAAAGUAUGGUUGAAUCCAAUAUGCAUACAGUCCUUUAUGAGGUCUCAAGGGAUCAAAGGUCCUUCUUACCAGCUCCUUCAUGGCAAUACCAAAGAAAUCAUCAACAUGAGAAGAGAUGCUACAAGCAGGGCCAUGGAGGAUAUGUCACACGACAUAUUUCCUAGAAUCCUGCCUGAUAUAUAUUCAUGGGUGAACAUAUAUGGGGCAACUUACCUCAAUUGGUAUGGUCCUCAGCCUCAGCUGGUUGUCACUGAACCAGAGCUAGUCAAAGAGAUAUUAAACAAUAAAAAUGGUGAUUAUCCAAAAAUCGACCUUGAAGGCUAUGCCAAAAAGCUUUUAGGAGAUGGUCUUUCGGCAUCAAAAGGUGAAAAGUGGGCAAGGAUGAGGAAACUAGCCAACCAAGUUUUCCAUGCAGGAAGCCUGAAAAAAUGGAUCCUGCAAAUGCAGGAUAUGUUGCCUGCAAUGAUCACAAGUACUGAAAUUAUGUUGGAAAGGUGGAAGGAGAAUGAUGGAAAAGAGGUUGAGGUGUUUGAAGAGUUCAGGCUAUUAACAUCAGAAGUUAUUUCCAAGACAGCCUUUGGGAGCAGUUACUUGGAAGGAAAGAACAUAUUUGAGAUGUUGAUGAAACUGACUCUGAUAGUCUCCAGAAAUGCCCGUAACAUUAGAUUUCCUGGCAUCAGCCACCUUUUCAAAAGCAGUGAUGAAAUAGAGUCAGAAAAACUUGAGCAAGGAAUAAAAAACUGCAUAGAACAUAUUAUAAAGAAGAAGGAGCUGGAGAAUUGUAAGGAAAACGAAAGCUCCAAAGGUGAUUUUCUUGAGAAACUCCUAGAGGCUAAUGAAGGAAGUAGCAAAUGGAUUUCGAUAGAUGAUAUGGUUGAUGAAUGCAAGACUCUGUAUUUUGCCGGACAGGAAACAACAACUUCUUUGCUUACUUGGAGCAUUCUUCUUCUAGCUGUUCAUAAAGAGUGGCAAGAGACAGCAAGGGAAGAAGUGAUUGAAAUUUUUUGCCAAAUGAAGCCCAAUGCAGAUGCUAUCCCUAGACUGAAAACUAUGAACAUGAUCCUUGAAGAGUGCUUGAGACUUUAUCCGCCAGUGCCUGCACUCAUGAGAAAAGUUCACAAAAAGGUUAAGCUGGGGAGGCUAACGCUCCCGGCACAUACUGAACUGUUGAUUUCACCUCUUGCACUUCACCACGACCCUAAGAUAUGGGGAGAAGAUGUUCACCAUUUUAAGCCUGAAAGAUUUGCAGGAGGUGCAAUUAAGGCUACUAACAAUAAUCCAGUAGCAUUUCUGCCGUUUGGCUUUGGACCACGAACUUGUGUAGGCUUGAAUUUUGCAAUGGUCGAAACAAAGAUUGCCCUUUCAAUGAUUCUGCAGCAUUACAAGUUCGCUCUUUCGCGAAAUUAUGUUCACUCUCCAGUUCAAGUUUUCAUGGUUCGACCACACCAUGGAGUUAAAAUCAUUCUCAGUAGAGUUUGAACUGAUAUUAGGGGAUAUGCACUCUGCAGCAAAUCCAUCGAGGAACGCAUGAAAAUAGCUUGUACUACAGUUUAAUGAAUAAAUUUGUAAAUUAUGUUGAAUGCAAAUGUUUGUGUGUUUGUGUUUCUUAUUAUGACAAUAAAUUAAUAGAGAAGAGUA